GAGGAGCCGGUGCAGAGCGGGCGGCGGCGGCGGCAGCGGAGGCGGCGGCUCCAGCCGGCGCGGCGCGGGGCUCGGGGCUCGGCGGCGGGAUCCGGCAGCAGUGGUAGCUUCGCGCUCCCUGCCGGGGCGGUCGAAGGGCGACGUGUGGAGCCCCGGCGGUCCGAGGGCGCGAAACCAGCCUUGUCAUAGCAUCCUGCCCCCUUGGUUUUGGAAGUCUUGGGAAGAGUUUGGUCUGGAGGAGGAGGAGGACAUUGAUGUGCUCGGUGUGCGGCCAGUGGUGAAGAGAAAAAUGGCCCUAGCAUUACCAAUAUUCUAUAACUCAUCCACGGUUGACUACAUCCUGCAGCCAGCAGCCUUAUCGAACAACAAACCACUAUGGCUGCUUCUGUCCCGUGGGCCUGCUGUGCCGUGCUUGCCGCCGCCGCCGCUGUGGUCUACGCCCAGAGACACAGUCCACAGGAGACCCCCCAUGUGCAGUACGAACGCCUGGGCUCAGACGUGACUCUGCCAUGUGGGACAGCAAACUGGGACGCAGCUGUGACGUGGCGGGUGAAUGGCACAGACCUGGCCCCUGACCUGCUCAAUGGCUCUCAGCUCGUGCUCCGUGGCCUGGAACUGGGCCACAGUGGCCUCUACGCCUGCUUCCACCGUGACUCCUGGCACCUGCGCCACCAAAUCCUCCUCCAUGUGGGCUUGCCGCCGCGGGAGCCCGUGCUCAGCUGCCGCUCCAACACUUACCCCAAGGGCUUCUAUUGCAGCUGGCAUCUGCCCACUCCCACCUACAUCCCCAACACCUUCAAUGUGACCGUGCUGCAUGGCUCCAAAGUUAUGGUCUGUGAGAAGGACCCAGCCCUCAAGAACCGCUGCCACAUCCGCUACAUGCACCUGUUCUCCACCAUCAAGUACAAGGUCUCCAUAAGUGUCAGCAACGCCCUGGGCCACAACGCCACAGCUAUCACCUUCGACGAGUUCACCAUUGUGAAGCCUGACCCUCCAGAAAACGUGGUAGCCCGGCCGGUGCCCAGCAACCCUCGCCGGCUAGAGGUGACGUGGCAGACUCCCUCGACCUGGCCUGACCCCGAGUCCUUUCCUCUCAAGUUCUUUCUGCGCUAUCGUCCCCUCAUCCUGGACCAGUGGCAGCAUGUGGAGCUGUCGGACGGCACCACGCACACCAUCACCGAUGCCUAUGCUGGCAAGGAGUAUAUCAUCCAGGUGGCAGCCAAGGACAAUGAGAUUGGGACGUGGAGUGACUGGAGUGUGGCUGCCCACGCCACACCCUGGACCGAGGAGCCACGACACCUCACCACCGAGGCCCAGGCCCCCGAGACCACGACCAGCACCACCAGCUCCCUGGCACCCCCGCCCACCACGAAGAUCUGUGACUCUGGGGAGCUGGGCAGCGGCGGGAGACCCUCGGCACCCUACUUCUUCAGUGUCCCCGUCACUCUGGCCCUGGCUGCCGCUGCCGCCACUGCCAACAGUCUCCUGAUCUGAGCCCGGCAUCCUGUGAGGACAUGCCAGCGCACCUGCAGAGGAGCAGGAGGCCGGAGCUGAGCCCGAAGACCCCGGUUUCUAUUUUGCACACGGCAGGAGGACCUUCUGCAUUCUCUUCAGACACAAUUUGUAGAGACCCCGGCAGGCCCGGGCCUGCUGACCCCAAGCCCCGCCACACCAUGCCGGCCCCCCUCCCUUCCUCAGGGGAGGGGGCCAUGCAGCUAACCCACCCACCAAAGACCCCCCCAUGCCCCCAUCCCGCCCCCUCGGGCUGGACCCUCCAACGCCAGCGACUCCCAGGAGCCCUUGGGGGGCCUGAGGGGAGCCCCUCACCUCCACAGUUUCUCCUCCUGUCCCUGCCUCCUGUCUGUCCCGGGGUCUCUGUUGCCACCAUCAGAUUAUAAGCUCCUGACGCCGGGGGGGCCCAGCCAUCCCCCUCCCCCCAGCGCCCACACUUUUCAAUCCCCCCACCUCUGCCCCUGUUUUGUAUGCCCCUCCCCCUCUCCUGCUCCUCCCCCGCAGUAUUUAAUGCCCUGUCAGUCCCUUCUAGUCUGA